AUGAUCAUCCUAUCCCUCCUUUGCCUGCUGGCCGGCGUUGUCGUAUCGUCCCUGGACCAGAGCUCUUCAAUCACGCUCAAUAAUGGCGUGAAAAUGCCUGUGAUCGGCCUUGGUACCUUUCUAGCCCCUGACGACGAAGUUGCUGAUGCGGUGUAUGCUGCCAUCGCUGCUGGAUACAGGCACAUCGACACUGCUUUUGUGUACCAGAACCAUCGUGGGGUCGGCGAGGCGCUGAAACGAGCCAUCCAAGAGGGUAUCGUUACUCGAGCUGACAUCUUCCUCGUCACCAAGUUGUGGAUGACACACUUCCGUCCUGACCUCGUUCGACCGGCGGUUGGCCAAAUGCUCGAGGAGCUCGGGGUUGAUUACGUCGAUCAAAUGCUACUACACUGGUCUUUACCUUUUGAAUAUCGUGAUCCGAAGGACGAUCCCGACUGGUUGAUGCCACAGACGCCAGAGGGCCACUUCGCCGCCGAUAUGAACAUCAACAUCAUCGACACGUGGAAGGAGCUCGAGAAGCUAUACGACGAGGGGAAGAUCAGGAGUAUCGGCAUCAGCAACUUCGAACAAAAUGAAAUCGAUUCGCUGCUGAGCGAGGCGAGAGUGAAGCCUGUCGUGAAUCAGGUUGAGGUUCAUCCACUGUGGCCUCAGGAGCGUCUCAUCAAGUUCUGUAAGAAGCGCGGAAUAGAAAUCGUUGCUUAUGCCCCGCUCGGAAACCCGGGAUUCCAGCCACAUGGUGACACGCCAAAGCCAAACAUCUUGACACUUCCUGUUGUCACUGAGAUCGCCAAGCGGCAUGGGAAGACGCCAGCUCAGGUUGCCAUUCGAUGGGCUCUGCAGCGGGGCACGAUCGUCAUUCCCAAAAGCGUCAAACCUCAUCGUGUUGUCGAGAACUUCAAGGUCUUCGAUUUCGAGCUCACUCCACAAGAAAUGGAACAAAUUGACGCCAUCGGUCGAGUUCCGGCCAACCGCAUCCGAGUGUUCAACCCGCCUUUCCGCCCCAACGGUGUACCGAUCUUUUCCGAAAGCGACGCUUACUUUGAGACGGCUGAGGCGGAUGAUGAGGCUGAGUUGUGAUACUCUUCCGGUACUUAAUCGCUGCGAGGAUCGACCUGUCAUCAAGUCAGCGACACUCGACCUAUCAUGAGCUUGCUUUUUUCAUUCGAAGAUUGUCGUAA